UCGUGUCUCUUACCUCCACCCCGGUCACCGGUGCCGGGCCGUGCACGGUUUCUGAGUGCGUUCUGUUUUUCACUUUUUAUUUUUUAGUCGCUCCGCAGUUCGCAAUUGCGCGCGCAACAGUUGUCACGACGACGUUUUCGCCGAUAGUUCGUUAUCACUAGCCGUCUGCGUUUUUAUCAAUCUCACRGUUACAAAAACGAAAAAAUUUCCAUUGAAUAACUAUUCAAGAAUUUGAAUAAUUGAAAACGGUUUCCACACGGCUCGGCAGCCUUAAAUUUACAGACGUUUUACUUGUUCGUCACCGUGGUUGUUUGCGCCGUAGGUUUCUACACAUUCAAUGAGCGGUUUUUUUUGUCCAGUGAAAUUUUGUGCAAUAAAUGCKUUUUUCUUCCGAAGUAGGUCGCAUCGAUAGCUUAUUUUUUUUAUCGUGGUAUACUAAUGUAAGUGUUCAAUAUCACGCGUAGGCUAAUAAAUAACACCAGACGACUCAUUACUGUUGACAAAGCGUCAUCCGUGUCUUUGUUGGGGAACAUUGAACAGUGGACUUAUCUAUUUCGAUGCAGCCAUUUUUCAAUGAAGAUAAAUCCGAUAAUACCUCACAAUAUGUAUUAUGACACUCCAAGUUAAAGUUCAACAACUAGAGGGCGUCGAGCAACCACGAUGCCGUCUAUGCAAAUGUUUGGACGUAGAUGGCUUGCCGGUACAGACGACUUGGUGUUCCCAGGAUUAUUAGAACUUUUGAUGCGGGGAAUAUGGCUGACAUUGAUGAGUUGUGUAUUGUGUCGCUACUAUCAAUGGACAUUCAAAUGUUUGACUGGCGGGCUUUUGGUCAGAAUCUACCUAAUUGGGAUAGUUGUAAUGCAUUCCUUAAUCAUUCUACUUGUGAUGGUUUUGGUGAAUCGAAGUGCCCAGGGUGCUAUAUACGACACAAAUGCUAGACGUGUCGUUCCACAUCUACUAGUGGCUAAAAUAAUUUUACUCAUACCAGAGAUUGCAUUAAAUGUGUUAGGGACUAUAUGGACCUAUACAAAUUGUAUACAAUGCGAUAAUGAACACUUUACGAGUACUGUAGUGGAAAUUGGAGUACUAUUCAAUUGGGUCAUGUUGGGAGGUUUGAUAUUCGUACUAGCCAUGGUGUUAGAUCCAGUUGGAUCGCUAAAACUUCAAGAAGGAGCCAACAGUAAUAUAGAUGCAGAUAUGUUGUUACACCGAAAAGUCACCCGUAUUUGGGUGAGACGCUUCAGAUGGUUCUUUUGUUGGUUGAUUAGAGAUGAACAUUCGCAUGAAGCAUUUUCGCAAGCAGCUGGAUUAAUGAGUUCUAUGUUUAGAAAUACAGAUAUUGUUCCAUCAGACUUUAUUGCUGGUUUUGUAUUAUUGAGAGUAAAACAAAAGCGUGAGUCUAGAGAACAAAGACGACUUGCACUCUUAGCUGAGCAAAGAUACAAUUGUACCUCUAUUGUAAAUGAAUGUUUUACUGGAAAACCAAAUUGGAUGUGUCUUAAAAAAGCUAGGCAUUACCUCCAAUUAUCGGUUGCUAUUUAUGGUUGGCCGUUCUUGAUUUAUCGUUAUUGUAUAACAGGAUUAUUUAAAAUGAUGCCAAAGUUUUUUUGUUGUGCUUGCUUUAGAACUAAGCCAACUGUGGUCAAAGAAGAUAACUGCUGUCUGUGUAACUUUGCAGCAAUUCGAUACAUGUCAAAAUUACAUUCUAAAGAUAUUUUGUUUGCUUCAUUUGUCAACCAUAUAUUUGAACUACCAUUUUUUGUAACUGUUGAUCACGAAACCAGUAGUAUAGUAAUCGCUAUAAGAGGAUCAUUAUCGAUGCGAGAUAUAUUUACGGAUUUGACUGCCAUAGUAGAAAAAUUAGACGCUUGUGGUGUUCCACCUGACAGCUAUGCUCAUAAAGGAAUGUUAUGCAGCGCAAAGUAUAUUAAAAAGGAAUUAGAAGAUUAUAAUGUUAUAGAAAAGGCCUAUACAAAUUUUCCAGAAUACAAUCUUGUAAUCACAGGACACAGUUUAGGCGCAGGUACUGCAGUGCUCUUAGCAUUUUAUAUGCGGCCUCUCUAUCCUAAUCUCAAAGUGUAUGCUUUUGCUACACCAGCUGGAUUAUUGAGUCGGGAAGCAGCACGAAUAGCUGAAGAGUUCACUUUGUCCAUUGGUGUUGGUGAUGAUAUGGUUAUGCACAUGACAAUUGAUAAUGUUGAAGAUUUACGGACAAACAUGGUACAAGUUCUACAAUCAUGUAGAUUACCAAAAUACAGGGUAUUUUUAAAUGGCUUUGGCUAUGCAUUAUUUGGUGUUCCAUCGAGGGACCUUGAAUCUACAUGGCGCCAUCGGGCUACUUCAGAAAUGCGUAACUCUCCACUACUAUCUAUGCAUUCACCUGUUCUAUCUAUGAUUACACAGAAUGAUGGCUUCCCAACUGAUACUAUUAGUAACCAUCAUCUAGUCCCUACCACAUCAUCAUAUCCUAAUGAACAACCAAUUUCUAUUUCACCUACUUAUAAUGAAUUUUCAGUCAGAAGGUACUCAAAAAUUCGUUUGUAUACUCCUGGUCAUAUACUACACAUAACUAAGAAAAAGAAAAGUAAAGAACAAAAAAAGGCUGAUAAAAAAUCUGGCACAAACAGUAAUGAGUAUAAUUAUGAAAUGCGAUGGGCUACACCUGAAGAUUUUAAAGAACUUAGAGUAAUGCCUCGUAUGCUAUUGGAUCAUUUGCCAGAAAAUGUUUUAAAAACUCUUGACAAUGUGCUUGAAGAACAAAGAACAGAAAUCGGAUUUGAUUUAGCUCAAUUAWCUAUGAUCUGAAUACUAAAAAACAAUUAUUUACUUUUAAAACUAGAACUUUAUUAAGUUCAUGCUCAAAUUCCUCUGUCCAAUAAUACAACAAGCUAAGUUAUUGUUAAAUCUAUAAGUAUAGUAAAUAACAAAAUUGUAAUUUAUAUUUAAGAAUUAAAUAUAUUUGAUAACAUUUACUUAAAGGGGAGUGGGGCAUAAUAUAUUCCUACAAAUAUUGCAAUUACAGUAUUUUAUGAAUUGAUGGUCUGAUUACUGUAUGAAGUGUGGUUGUUUAUCUUAAAUUAUUUUUAGCAUCUCCUUGAAUAUAGUCUUGAUUUAUUUGAUUAAGAAAUUCAUAUCAACAAGUCAAUCUCUAAAUGUCAAAAAUAAAGUUAAACUUCUUUAGAUUUGUAUAAAAUCUAAUAGUACAUUUUUUCGAUUUAGGGUUAAGUAUUAUUAUUAUUAUGAUUAUUGUUUUUACUACUUUUCAUUUAUAUUAUUGUUUUUAUCAUUAUUUCAUAUAAUUUAAAUCACUGUUUUGACCUCAAUCCCUGAUGUUUUUUAUUUCAAAUUUUGUGUACUCCUAUACAAUUUUAUGAUUUUUAUUUCAAAAAAUCUUGAUAGUAUUAUUAUUUAUAUGUAUGUAUACACUAUACAUGUAUACUGAUGUACUUAAUUCAUUGAAUCCAUUCAAUUGAAAUUUUAUUCUGUUUGUUGCCAAUAUAUAAAUUGGUUAACAGAACUAAUAAUCUGUGAUAACAUGUAUGUCUUAAGAAAGAAUUUUACUGAUAAGCGUAUAUAUUU